GCGAGGGGGCGUGGCCCGCACGGGUCAAUGGGCCCGGCGCGAGGCUCUGCCCAGUGUAUGCUUUGCAGAGCACCCUGGCUUGUGAAGUGUUACCUGGUUAAACUGGAAUUGAAGCAGGACAACGCCAGCCCCCCCCGGUCCAAAAAAAAGGGCUUGCCCGCCGACUCUGCUCCCUCGGGAAAGAUGGGAAAGGGCUACAAAGUGGUGGUUUGUGGAAUGGCCUCAGUGGGAAAGACUGCGAUUUUGGAGCAGCUUCUCUAUGGAAAGCAUACUGUUGGCUUAGAAGAGGGUGCCACAAUGGAAGACGUGUAUUUGGCGUCGGUGGAGACAGAUCGAGGCGUGAAGGAACAGUUAAGGCUUUAUGACACCAGAGGUCUGCAGGAGGGCAUAGAAUUGCCAAAACACUAUUUCUCUGUAGCUGAUGGCUUUGUUCUGGUGUAUGCUGUGACCAGCCUUGAAGCCUUCCAAAGAGUUGAACUGCUCAAAAAGGAGAUCGAUGUCUUUAGGGACAAAAAGGAGGUAACAGUUAUUGUCUUGGGAAACAAAACUGACCUCCUGGACCAAAGGCAAGUGGAAACAGAAGCAGCACAGCAAUGGGCAAGGGCUGAGAAAGUGAGACUGUGGGAAGUGACUGUGACAGAUCGGAAAACACUGCUUGAACCCUUCACCUUCUUAGCUAGCAAACUGUCCCAGUCCCAGAACAAAUCAACAUUUCCCUUGCCUGGAAGGAAGAGCAAAGGAAAUAACUGUGAUAACUAGGCUAGCCUAGCAUUGUCUCCUGCUGCCAGGUCACAGUCUAAGUCCUUUUUGUGCCAUUUGCUUCUUGCAGUUUCACUUAAAGCAAUAAUCUCAUUCAGCAAUAAAAUCAGCAAGAUUAUAGCUAAGAGGUAUCCUUUCUUCUCACAGACUUGGCUUGAAAAAGUUGUUGGGGGUAAAAACCUAAAAAAGCUCUUCAUGAAAGCAGUUAUCUUGCAACAAGGGUUAUGAAGACAGAAGGGAUAGAUGGACACCUCUCUAUCAGGGGCUUUUACUAUGCCUGGAUGCAGCCAUGUUGAGGGACAAAUCAACAAGCUUACCAUUAAGCAAUGGCCUUGCAGAUCUGUAGCCUCUAAUCACAAAUAGUAUUAGCUACAAUAAAGCAAUUUGGAGAGACUGUGUUUGAAAUGGCAGUAGUUCUUCUUAAAUAGGGCCACAAAGCAUACUGAUGCUGCAGAAGGCUGAGGUCAGUGUCUUGUUGCAGGAGAAGGGUAUGGGGAAGGAAGAAUGAUUACCAAAUUUAGCCACUGAUAUUCUGCUAGUGUCUGGAAGGAAGAAAAACCCAAAAUCAUACAAAAACACCCCUCACAUCUUCUGGGAAAUACUAGAACAGAUCUACCCUGACAUGAAGCUUGUCAACAAAGUCUGGCAAUCAGUGCUUCCAGCUCAAGAACUCAUUUUACAAACCAGAAAAGCUCUCAGAGCACUCAUUAAUUUAACUGCGACCUGAAGGACAACAUAGCUGUAUGUGGGUUUGUUCCAGCAUGUCCAGUACAAAUCAGUCACAUUCACAUAGGUGAUAAUUGUACUGAGAAAUUAUACAGAGCAAUUUUGUAUGCAGGAGGUACUGCCUGGGCUCUGCUUAGUGCAUUGCAUAACACUCCUACCCGGCUGCUCAGCCAAGCUGCAGCAAUCCACCCCCUGUACGAAGCUACAGGCCAGAUAAUAACUGGUACAAAGUGCUGUACUGCUCCGUGAGAGCAGGCUAGGGAGUGUAGGGGGCUGCCUUUUGGGACUAUCCUCAUGGAAAACACCAAGAAAUACCUGUACCAAAUGAGUUUGGACUUAUCACGCUACACAUUUUCCAGCAGCAGGAGCACAACUGAAUGUGCUGUGUUGACUCAAUGCUGGUAAAGGUAAACCUGUGCUGCAGGAAUCUGCUGUCCUAGGUCAGCCUGUCAGUAAAGUUAACAAAAGGGAAAAUAUAUAUGGAGGAGCAGAAUGAACAACUGUUCUCAGAGAUAGUGGCUAGUUUUUGGCAUCUUAACAACCUCUGGUACUAAAAGAUGCUACCUUUUCUUUAUAUUUGAAGACGAGCAGGGAGAGGGAAUGAACCUAAGUACCCAGUUCCUGCAUUUUUCACUGCUGUUUUGAACAAAUACUGAGAAUUCCACUGUGAAUCAGCAAAACCACAAGCAAUAUUUGCAGUGUCAUAUCGUAACUGCUAAAUAGUGUGCUUAAUGAUCACAAUUAAGCUUAUAGUAUUGCUCUUCCUGAACACCGGUUAAUAAAGUCUGUCAGCAUUACUGAUGUCAGAGCAGCAGUACACUUCACUAAAAACGAAGCAGGUAUCCCUACCAUUACAAUGAAGGUAGACGAAACUGUUUAUGUGCUUUGCUCAAUAUAGUUUGGAUUGCUGUGGCCAAGGAGUAAGAUAAGAGAGCAAUUAUGAAUGAGCAAGCUCCUG